AUGGAUGCUAAUCAUACACAAGCAGCCACUAGCUAUCCUGAGGAUUAUGACACCACAGAAAAUUUUAGCCUCCUGAAGGAAUUACAAAAGGUAAAUUAUUUAUAAACUUCCCAUCCAACCAAAUUCAGUAGUAUCUGUCACUAGUUGGGAAAGAUCAGAGGAAUUAAACAGCAGCCAUGCAAAGACAUGCUAAAAGUAAAUCCAAACUUGAAGAACUGUUACCAGCAAGAAAAUGGCACAAACAUUUGAAUGGUUUCAAUUCCUCUGGUUUGCUGGUUGCUUUAUACAGUAACAAUAUUGGAAAAAACUAAUCAUUUAACUUUGAACUAAUAUUUGGGAAAUGUGUCUCUAGCUGUGUCUGAGAAGUGUCUUUUGUAGCAAAAAAUUAAGCUUUUUUAAAUGAACUUUAUAUUUUUAAAAAGUUUUACACUUAACCUUUUAAGCCUCAAUAUCUAAAUACAAAUUCUCCAGACUGAUUUGCAUACGUCUGUAUUUCCCUUUGGUGAUAUUUAUUAUCAACUCUCUUAAACUUUCCUGGAUUGUAUAUUGGUAGAAAAACAUUGACGUCGGUCACUCUUGGGGCUAAAAAGAGUUAACAAAAUGAUUAUAUUUUAAUUCCUAGAAAGAUGAGAUCCAGCAACUCUGCCUACUGCAGCAAGAGCAAGCUCAAACUGCUUCUCUAAGUUCAACACUAGGGAAUCAACUAAGCUGUGCUUACUCAAUGUUACAAGAAAAGGACAAACAACUAGCAGAAAAGGACAGACAGUUGGAAGAAAAAGACAGACAACUAGCAGAAAAGGAUAGACAGUUUGAAGAGAUGAUCAGAAAAUGGCAAGAAACUGCAGUCAGAAAUCGGCAAGAAGUGCUAAGACAACUGCAUGAAAGAGACGUCAUGAUCAAGCAGAGGGCAGAAAGGUGGAAUAAGAUAGCAUGCAGUGUUCGCAGAGAGCAAGCGUUGGCCAGUGGAUCUUCGGGGAUUGUUCAUAAGGGAACAAUCCCAGUAGCCAUAAAAGAACUAAGAGCCAUUAACCCUGAAAAUUUAAAGCUUUUUCAGCGUGAAAUUGAUGCAGCAUUCUUUUGCCACCAUCCUAACAUUGUGGAGUUUUUAGGUGCCACGAACAAUCUGCAUCAUGGCUCCUAUAUUGUCAUGGAACUCAUGGAUUGUAAUCUCCGUGAUUUUAUAAAACAUGAAAAUUACCAACUACCGCAGAAGAUCAUUGUAAGUUUUGCCUUGGACAUUGCAAAAGGAUUGUCCUAUUUGCAUGGACAUAAUCCUCCUAUACUACACCGGGAUCUCAAAACCGACAACAUCCUGCUGAAAAGAGGAACUGCUAAAAUAGGCGACUUAGGUUCCGCAAAGGUUCAACAAGAUAGCAUGACCCCUUAUCGUGGAACUUUACCCUAUACUGCCCCCGAGGUGUUAAACAGCAACAUUCAGACACCAAAGGUUAGCAACACUUUUCUUGUUUCCUCUCCUUCUCUUUAUUUUCUCAGUUUCUUUUUUCUUUUUCGUAUAGUGUUAUCUUUUUCUUUACUGAAAUGGCACAGCCCUUCAAGGAUUCUUUUGUCUCCUGAUGGUAAUACUCAUCAAGGACAAAUGAUUUUACAGCCGUGAUUGCUAUAACAAGUACAAAAAAAAACAAGGUUCUGUUGAGAUAUAUAAAAAAUUAAGAUUUAGUCAGGGGUUUCAAUAAAUUCAAGUAGCCAGUAGGUUUGAAUCCUCUGGUGACCGCGAUUGUAUCAAUGAGGGGCAAUCAGUUUCCCUUUUCUAGAGGUGUCUGGUGCCAUGCUUCCGCAGAAAAUUUUGAAGCUUUAAAGCCCUAAAAUGCAAUUUCCAGCCUUCUGGGGACUAAAUUGAGUACAAAAGUAAAAGAGCUAUUUGGUUUUUUUGUUCUUAUUGGUAAUUAGCAUACUUGUUAAGCAUAACGUACCUGAAGAACCAGUGCGCCUUUAAGAACACAUCUGAUUUUAUCAUGAUAUAUUUUUUGUUUAUGACCCAUUAUUAAAACUACAAUUGGAACCUCUAUUCAGAAGACACCUUCAGAACCAAGGUACAUGUAAGUGUCCCGUGAAUAGAGGUUGGACUGGGGGUGUGUUAACAAUUAACUGAUAACGAAAAGCACAUAUGGCAUUAGUUAGUACAUGUGCAGGAUUCAAUACCAGGGCUAUAAAAGCUAGAUGUAAACUAGUAGUCACUUAGAGCAUCUUGAUUGCAUGAGCAGCCCCCUGACUCACCUCAAAUCUAAAUUUGCUUUUCAUUAGUUGAUGUGAGUAUAAUAAACUAUUGUAUCAAAAAAUCCUCAAUUCUUGUUUUACAACUUCUUUAGGUAUUGUGAUGUAAAGAAGGUAUCAGAAUAUCGCCCUUUUCUUUUAAUUUUCCAACUGGACCCUUUCUGUGAUUUCUCUUUGAUUUCAGAUGGAUGUCUGGAGCUAUGGUCUUGUUGUCCAAGAAAUGGCAAUAGGUAAGCGACCCGAUCCUUGCAAACUGUCAGAACAGGUUCAACAGGUAACUUGUCCAAAGCUAAAAGAACUGGUGACUGCCUGUACCGAGAUCCAGCUACCCCAACGACCUUCCAUGCAAGUGGUUGUCAGCGUCCUUAAGGAGAGGUUUACUGAAUAG